AUGGCGACUACACAGGUUUCUCCAGACAUGCCUAAACCGUCGUUUGCCAAGGUCGCGGCCACUGUCACAAAGGAAGCUGCGCCGACAGCUGCCACCGCCAAAAUUGAUUCAAAUGUUCCCUCCACAGCCGUCAUUGCCGACGGCUCCUCUAGCCCCGAGAGCAAACGAGCCGCAGCACCCAAGUCGAAUGAUGUUGCUGUCAUCGUCUCAUCUCUCAAUGGCCUCAACAUUGCAUCAAAAGUUCCUAGCCUAGUUGUCGAUGGACGCGGCUCUGUAUCCGAACCAGAGCCCCGACGAUCAAACCUGGGCAAAGAGAGUGGCUCGGACGAUUCUCAGAAAUGCGAUUCUAGCUCAGAUUUGGGCACGAAGCCACCAAGCCUGGAUGGGAAGAGCAUUACAUCUGGGACGACAUUCGCGCUUGACGAGAAAGAGUCACUACGCCCUGACGACAGUGCUAGUGUUCAGGCUGCAGCAGAGGACGAUGAUACCUUUUCCCUUCGUGGCUCGUUGGUCGCUGGGUCUCGAAUGAGCUCAGAUGUGGCUCUGAGGAACAAGGGUAUACUAUCAGGAGACUUGGCUGAGCGAAAGGCGGCACACGUAGCGAUGUGUGUGCCUCCUCAUGGUAUUCUCACACCGCAGAGCGCUUCAUCUGAACGCGGUCCACCUCUUGCCGCUGCUGUACCCCUGAGUACCGAUGGAUCGCCCGAUGCCUUGAAUGUCAUAUACCGGCAGGCUCCGGAUGAAAAGCUUCUAGAUGCUUUGGCAAGCCCUAGGGAUCGGUAUUUCUUACUUCGACUGGAAAAAGACGUAAUUGACUUUGUUCAAGACUCCAAGGAACCAUACAUGGACUUGCCGCCAUCCAAUUCAUUUUGUAGAAUGCUGACACACAAACUGGCCGAUUAUUAUCACAUGACACAUUCUUAUGAACCUCACAUUGGCUCGGUCCGAAUCUUUAGAACGCCCUUCUGCCGUGUCCCGCCCUCGUUAGCUACCAUGGGCCCUCAAUCCAACCCAUCUUCAAGUAGCACACCACCCCCCGCAGUCUUGCCCAGGAAGAUCAUGCGGCGUGGUCAAGAUGGUGAGGGUCUAAUGAGCGCCAAUGCCUCCAAGCCUACAUCAGAGUCGGGCAGUGAGAUCAAAGAUGCCAAGCUGGCAGCGAACCCCAAGCUUUCUCGUGAACAACGCGAGGAGAUAUACAAGGUGGCUCGUGAACGUAUCUUCGGUAGUUCAGAAGACAGCAUCCCAGAAAAUGACGGUGCAACUGGCAUGUCUCGCACAAGCUCCAUCUCUGCUAGUAACAAGACAGGAAGCACAAAGAGAGGCAAGUCUGGCAAGCAACGGCGAGACGAUUCAGACAGUUUCGAUUCCCGAAACCAGUAUACCCCUUAUUGGGGCCCUCAACAACAGACAUGGGUACCUCAGUCGCAAGGACAAUAUGUUCCUUCAGCAUCAGGCCAAUUUGUUCCUCAGCCUCAGGCUUCAUAUCCAGCCCAGGUUCCCCUGGCUUAUAAUCAGCAAACCGCCACUUAUGCCAAUAUGCCUGUCAUGGCACCCAACCCAGCCUACUCCGGCUACAGCAUGCCCCAACAAUAUCCUCCACAGCCCCCGCAACAGCGUUUCCCAUCUAGUGGGAGUCCUAUGACAACGUACGGUGCUCCUGUUGCCCCGGGUGCAGCACCGCAGCAGGUCUGGGCACAGCCAGGGUAUAACCAGCCCUCUUACCCAACUCGAGUGCCUGCACAGACAUCAGGACCGACUCAAGUUGGAAUACCUUAUGCAUUUGGACAACUACCUGUCAAUGCUAACCCUAACGACCCAAAGAGCCAGCACCCCAUCCCUGGUAGCUACAAUAGGAACCACGCCUUCAACCCAAAGACUCAGUCAUUUGUUCCUGGCGGAAAUGGCAUGCCGAUCGUGCCGCCUCCGCAGCCGCCUUUUACGGCUCCUGGAUCACAUCACGGCAGCCCACAAAUUGGCACUCCACCUCACUUGGCAUAUGGAGCUUAUCCUCCAUCCGUCCCUCAAGCUUAUGUCGGAGGGUACGUUAUGGCACGGCAGGGAUCAAGCAGCUCCAUGCCUGGUUAUCACACCGUACCGCAUGUCCCCUCACCACAUAUGCAGCAGCCUCAACUACCUCCGAUGCCAGCUGUGCCUCUUGGUCCUCCCCAACAGCACAUACCACAGGGUUCUCCGGCUCAUAUUCCCGGUCGACCACCAAUGCCUGUCCCUCAAGGGGCUGGUCAGAUAUUUACUCAUUUGCCUACCUAUGGCAAUCCGGCUACUUUACCACAGAAGCCGGCUACUGGGAUUUAG